AAAGAAUGGCUGUGCCUGAACUGUCAGACUGGAAGAGCCAUGUCAGGCCAGCUGGGAGAUGUUCCAUCAACAUCCAUGGCUUCACCAAAGAAGCAAACAUCCUCUGCUCCUGACCCCUCACCCACCCCCAUCCCUGUUGCUGUAGAUAGCAAACCCGUAGUAGAAGAUCCAAACCUACCAGUUUCCGAGACUAAGGUUAAAACAGUGGAGAAGUUAAAGGAGCCUGAAAUUAAAGAAGCAGUGGCCAAGGAGAGCAGUCCCACCAGUCCCUCAGACCUAGCAAAGCUUGAGAGCACUGUUCUUCCCAUCCUCAAGGCUCAGGAAAGCACACAUGAGGAGGAAAAAGACACCAACACUUUCAAGACAAGACGCAAACUGGAAGUUCUUCCUCUCUCACCAGACUCUCCCAGUUCAGAGGAGGACAAAGAACUUCCUGAGAAGAACACCAAUGGUGUUUCAAAGAAAAAGCUCCUUGUGCCCAUGGAUGUCAGAGCAGAUUCUCUAGAUGAGAGCAGUGAAAGCUUUGGAAAAGAAAGCCCUAUGUCAGGAGAUGAUGAGGAAUUUAUUAGAAAGCAGAUCAUUGAAAUGAGUGAGAAUGAGGAUGCUUCCCCAUCUGAUGAAGAAAAUCUAGUCAGACGAAAGAUCAGAGAGCAGGAGAAGAAACAAAUGGAACAGAAGAAAACAGAGACUGUAGAGAAGAGCAUGUCAGGAAAAGUCAGACGCCUCACCAAGAAAACCACAAUAAGUCCAGAUGAUGAUGAUAAUGAACUCAUCUUUCCAUUGAAUAAACCUGAUCUAGAUAAAGAGAAAGAGCAAGACAUAAAAGAAGACAAUCAGAGUGGUACUGCCGUUCGGAAAUUCCAAUCCAUGGAGUUGAAUGCAACCAGCAGCCCCAUGCUUAUUCCUAAUGCUGAUGGAGAGCCUGAGAUGGAAAGUCUCACAGACUCUCCAGAUGAUCGGUCAAAAGGUGAGGGUUCAUCAAGUCUUCAUGCAUCCAGUUUCACUCCUGGAACGUCCCCAACAUCUCUCUCAUCCCUGGAUGAAGAUAGUGACAGCAGUAGUCCGGGUCAUGUCCGUACUAGUGAGGGAAAACAACACAGGAAAGCCAAACACCGGCAGACUGGUCAAAUGUUGCCAACUAUUGAAGACUCAUCAGAGGAAGAAGAGUUACGGGAGGAGGAAGAACUGCUGAGAGAGCAAGAAAAGCAGAAAGGCUCUGGAAAAAAAUCUAAGAAAGACAAAGACGAGAUUCGAGCUCAGAGGAGGCGAGAUAACACAAAGACGCCUCCGAGUAACCUUUCUCCAAUUGAAGAUGCCUCACCAACUGAAGAACAGAGGCAGGAGGCUGAAAUGGAAGAGAUUAGACGAUCAUCCUGUUCCGAUUUUUCCCCAAGUAUUGAAUCAGAUCCUGAAGGUUUUGAAAUCCAUGCCGAAAAAAUAGCAGAAGUCCAGAAAUCAUAUAAACUACCCACAUCAGUAUCUCUUUACUCCCCAACAGAUGAUCAGAACAUUGAUAAACUUCAGAAGAAAACUCUAAAAUCUGCUGAUGAAGCUUAUGAAGAAAUAAUACUGAGGGCUAAGUCUCCAACAGGUGAAAAAGGCGAGAUUCUACCAGGAAAAGAGUCUGUUUAUGGAGGCAUACUGAUUGAGGACUAUGCCUAUUCAUCCAUUACUGAUAAUUCAACUGCUGAUAUGGAAGAGUCAGAGAAAAUAUCUCUACCUGCUCAUCCUAAGAAGCUGAGAUCACCUGAUGAAGUAUAUGAAGACAUGAUAAAAAAGAGAAAAGAAUUCAUGCAAUUGGAGGAGGAAUACCAAAAUAUGCAGCCAAAUAAUGAAACCACAAACCCAGAAAUUGUGUUACAACCUGCUGAGAACACAUUUUCCAAAAGCUGUACUACAACCUUCGGCAAAGAUGGGAAACCAUUGUUAGAUGCCGAGACUGCCUAUGAGGAACUAAUGAAAAGAGUCCUGACUCCUGGAACGAGUCCAACUCAGCUUGAGCCAGAGUUGGAUUCUUCUCCAUCAAGGACGGCACUUCGCCCCAUUCCAGACUUGAAAGUCACACAGUGCUCUUCCGGAGAAUUGUCUUCUGAUGAUGAAAGUAUCAUUAGAAGAGACGAUGAGGAUGCUGCAGAAUCAAAUACGCCACCAGUGUCAAAAACUGAUCCCACAAAAGAGGUUUCUGAGUCUUUGCCAUCAUCCACAUCAGAGCAGGAACCUGAAACUACAGUCACAGCAUCUCAGGCUAAUGUUAUGGAUUUAUCUAGUACUUUACCAAGAGCAUCAGUCCCUGUGAUAUCACCCUUACCCACAGUCCCCCAGUAUACACCCAGUACACCCAGUGUUGUGUCAACUGCCCCACCAGUUCCCCCUAAGCCAAAUGUCCUGCGCAGGACAGGUUCUCAGGAACAAGCUGAAGAACCUGUUGCACCAUCCCUGCCUCCUCCCACCCCGCCAAAACCUACUGUUUUUCCCAGGAAAGCACCUGUUCCACUUCCACCUCAAGCUACAGCAACUCCAGCCAGACCAGAGCCAGUAGCUAUGACUACAUCUGAAGGGCCACCUAUGAAACAAGCAGUUACUCCAACAUACAAACCUCAUGUUCCUCCUCCUGUUCCCCCAAAGCCAGCCUUUCCAACUGGAGAUAUUUCUAGACCAGCACAUGCUGUCAAACCACCAAUUGCACCAAAGCCUGGGUCACAGCCACCCUCACCCGCUCAUGCUCCACAUCCACCAAGACCCACUGCAUUGCCCACUGGUCCCAGUGAUACAGUCCUCAAUCUGAGCCCCUCUACUGAGAGCAAGUCAUUUCAACACUCACCUUCUUCUCCAAGAUAUGCCAGCAAUCUUCGUGAUACAUAUGUAGUAAUCACACUGCCUUCCCAGCCUAGCUCUCCAGUUGACAACAUAACCACUCAAGCUCCCUCCAGUCCUGGACCUGCAUCCCCCUCGCGACAAGCUCAGCCUGAGAAUUAUAAUCAACCACAUCCUCAACCUCAAUCUUAUUCACGACAUCAUCAACAACAAACUCCUCAAACAACCAGGGUACCUCUGGCAUACACACGCUUCACAGAAUCUAUUGAAAGUAAAGAGAUUUGUAGCCCAGAAAAACAUGUAUCUAGUUCUUGUCACAUAAUUGAAGCUAUAUCAGCCUCUGCACAGCCACCUGUAGUAAUGCCUAAUCUCAUCUCUCAAGUAGUCACUACAGAAGUUCAAAGAACCACCGUCUCUGUUGUUCAUGAAAGGACACCACCACCAGUACCAGCUCCAAGGGCGAAUGGUGUUCCAAUCUCGAUGGAGAAACCUAAGCCUCAGUUGUCAGCACAGAAUGGACAGUCGUUUCAGCCCUCUGAGGUAGUAGAUCUUAGGACUGUGAAAGUGGAUCCAGAAUCAAAUAGGAAUGGUGUUGAUCUGUCUUCUGGCACAGAGUCAAGACGUCAGUCCUUUGUUGGUGAAAUCAGUCGUCACAGCACUGCGGUGCAGUCACCUGUGGUCAACCUCAGUGCCGAGUCAUCCACUGUUUCUAUAGUGACAGAUAGCAUCACCAUUGUGACCUGUGCUGCAACAAUCCAGAGAUGUGACAACGUAGAUGUGUCUCAGGCGUCAUCAGUGCCCCUUCAGCUAACCAAAAACAAGGCAUUUGAACCUGUUUCUCAAAUUGUCUAUCGCCCAGUUGAUUAUCAGACGCCCACACUUGCUAAUACAGAGAUCCCAAUUAACCUCUCAGUUAGCUCAAGCACAGGUGGAGGGACUUUUCAAGCCACCCCUGUCACAGUUGCCCCCACUUCAGUGGCAAACUGUGCUGCCAACGGAUUAACUACUGGUACAACCACAGUGGCAGGAGCUGUUGAUCUCAGCACAACAAAACCUUUCAAUACCAUGGUAUCAGUAGAUUCUACAUCUGCAGAAGUGAUUACGGCUAUGAUAACUGAUGAUGGCAAACCAGUGGAUCUGACAGCUAGUAAAAGAGCUGUGUGCUGCGACGUUGUAUACAAGCUCCCGUUUGCAGGAAGUUGCACUCAGCAACCCACAACACCCUUGCCAGAAGAUCGCUUUGGAUAUCGUGAUGAUCAUUACCAGUUUGACCGACCUUACGGAAUGAGAGGGUUUGGUGGAAUUAAACCAUCAAUGUCAGAUACAAACCUUGCAGAAGCUGGUCUGUUUAUGUACAAGAGUAAGAACAGCUAUGAUUUCAAUGUCACAACAGAGGGUGCAGUAGAUCUUACCUCAGCAAAGAUUUCUGAUGCAGGUGAAGCUGUCGAUUACUCCAAGAAGGGAGCAUACACAGGAAUGACAAUUCCACCCUUUUCACAAGCCAGAGCUACAAAUGUUGUCAACACACUCUUCGGCACAAGCAGUGUUCUGAGGUCAUCAAAUGGAGUUGUUUAUUCUUCUGUUGCAGCACCAAUCCCAUCUACAUAUGCUAUUACUACUCAGCCUGGAUCUAUAUUUAGCACAACAUAUAACACAUUGUCAGGUAUGCACACAAGUGACACCAUGCCAUCCCUGUCAAACAUCCAGAAUUUGCCACUUACACGGUCCCAAAGCUUUCUGUCCACCAUUUCCACAACUACAGCAGAAGAACAGGUGGAUGCUCCGCUCAAUCUGGAAAUCUCUAGAGGAGGCACUACUGCUGUUGAUGCAACCACUACAUCCAUAACAUCUUUAUCUCUCGACACCUACACUGAUGCAUCCCUAGAGGCUAUAGCUGCUUCACUGGAAGCUCUGUCUUCACCUAUGGUACCUGGAGAUGGCCAGUACCUGGCAGAGCGCGAGAGGUUAGAAAUGGAAAAACUCAAGCAGCAACGUCUGGCUGAAGAAUUAGAGUGGGAGCGGCUGGAGAUCCAACGAUUCCGUGAACAAGAACAGCUCUUGGUACAGAAGGAAUUGGAGGAGUUGCAAGUCAUGAAACAACAGAUACUGACACAGCAAGAGGAGGAAAGACAAGCUCACCUUAUGAUGCAAAAAGAAACCUAUGCCCAGCAACAGCAGCAGCUUGAGCAGAUUCAGAAACUCCAAGAACAGUUGCGCAUACAGUUGGAAGAGCAAAAGCUGCGUCAGAUGUACCCUGGUGGGGAUAUGCUGGGGCGUGGCUUGCAGGAGGCAGUUGUUUUGGGGCCUGACGGCACAGUGCUCUCUCGAAAAAUUACUGAUAGUGGUUGUCAGACAGAUGAAGAAGAUGAAGCAGUCAGCAAGGCUUACACAGCAGGGCGUAAAAAGAGAAGUGCAAAAAAGAGUGUAGAUAGUUGUGUGCAGACAGAUGAUGAAGAUCAGGAAGAAUGGGAGGUUCAGCCUAGAAGUCGACAAAGCCGUCCUCGUACUUCCCGGGGUGAUAGGGGUGGACAGUCAGAGAUGUCUCUUCAAGCCCACACUGAAAUUUCUAUUCAAACUGACUCAGAAGGAAAUAUUUGCUUGGACUCCAGGAUGGAAUUGUCUGAAUCAGAGAGAACAUCACCAAAGAAACGACUGACUCCCUUAGAAAUAGGCCAGUCUACUAACCUUAAACCUGAUUCUUCUACCCUUCAAGCCCCUCCUAAAUCCCCCAAAGUACUCUAUUCUCCCAUAAGCCCUUGUAUAUCACCUAGCAAAUCACUUGAGUUUGUGUCCUAUGAGAAGUCAUUAGGGGACACAAGCCCACAAAAGCUAAGAGGAAAUACAGACCCAUCAAAAGCAUCUCCAGCAAGCCCCAGAGGACCAAAACCCAUGCAGCGAUCCAUGUCUGAUCCUAAGCCCAUGAGCCCAACUGGAGAAGAAAGAGUAACAUCCGGCACCCAGUAUGGUGAUGGUCACACUGGGAAGGGAUCAGGAGGCACACCAACAGGCACUCAGAAGAAGGUGAAAAGGACUCUACCUAACCCUCCAUCAGAGGAAGAGUCAACAACCAGUGGUCAGACAGCACACACCACUGGCUCUGCUCGCCGAAGAAUGUGCCGCAACUCCAACAUGGCACGUGCCAAGAUUCUACAGGACAUCGAUCGUGAGCUUAAUCUGGUGGAGCGGGAAUCUUCCAAGCUUCGCAAAAGACAAGCAGAAUUAGAUGAAGAAGAGAAGGAGAUUGACGCUAAGCUUAGGUAUUUAGAAAUGGGAAUCAAUCGUAGGAAAGAUGCUCUAUUGAAGGAGAGAGAGAAAAGGGAACGGGCCUACCUACAGAGUGUUGCAGAGGACAGAGACUACAUGUCAGACAGUGAAGUUAGUAAUAUUCGAGAAACGAGAAGUGGACAUGGUGCUGGUGAAGAUGAGGAAAUCGAGGGUCAUGGUCUUGAACGUCCCAGGACAGCACCUCAGUCAGAACUCGACGACUUUGUCCCACCUCAAACAAAGCAUGAGUUUGGAAAAUACUCUCAGUACCCAUACUCCCAAAGCCAAUACCAACAAUCAAUCUACCAGGCUCCACAAACCUACCAGUCACAUUCUAUUUACUCAUCCGUUCCGUCACUCACUAGUGCCCAACAGCAGAGUUACCACCAGAUGCUUUUGUUGCAACAGAAAGCUGCUAGACAAGCAGCCCUACUCUCAGAACUUGAUGCAACAAAAUAUGACGUCAUUAGUCGUCAGCCUGAUCCCACUUCAUCAGCUUACCUUGGUGUCAAGUAUGACAAAUAUGGCAACCACCUUGACCUCAGGGCCUUGGACGUGGGAAGCAUAGCAGGUAGCCCAAUGUCUUCUGUCUCUGAUUCCUACUACACUGAUGUAGACCAUCAUACUCCUCGAAGUUACAUGCUGCUGGAAGAUGCUGCAGAGCUAACAAAGACCUCCACAGGUCUUUCUUCAUCUUAUAGUUUGGCUGAGAGGGAGCUGGCAAAGGCAGAGAAGCUGUUGCGUAGAAGUGCUGCAGAUCUGGGGUCUACAGACUAUCUGGGAUCAACCUCCAGGCUCCAUACUUUUGGAAAGACUCCUGAUGAAGAGGAUACCAUGGAGGAACCAUAUGAGCUGAAACUUUUGAAACAGCAGCUCAAACAAGAAUUUAGGAGAAGUACAGGUGGGACAGAAAACUUAGAACAACUGACAGGUCUGUCCCAGCACUACUACACCCCAAGCACAGGCAUCUCUGGUUACUCCCAACGACAAUAUCCUAAGUCAGAUAAGUACAGUAUCAGCCGACUUACACUUGAGAAGCAGGCAGCUAAACAACUCCCAGCAUCAAUGUUGUACCAGAAACACAAGACCCCAAUAAUAGAUCCUAAAAUUUCCUCAAAGUAUUCUUCUAUUUCAGACACCAGAGGUUUGGAUACUGAUUACACCAGCUAUAUAGGUUCUACCAGUGCAUCCCCUAGAUCUAGUAGACUCAUGCAAGAUGAGAUUACAUUUGGACUUCGUAAGAAUAUUGCAGAGCAGCAGAAAUACCUCGGAUCUACUUUAGGGGCUAACUUAGCUGGAUCACUAAAUUUGGGCCAAAGCUUGGGUUUGGACUCUGCUUAUCCUAGUGGUAGUCGCUCAAGACCCUCAUCAAGACCCACAUCUUGCUAUGGUCUGGACUUGUCCAUCAAAAGGGAUCCUUCGAGCUCAUCUCUGAGGCUUAAAGGAGAUGGUGAAGCAUCUGGGGAUGGUACAAGUUAUCAAACCCCGUCUGGUCGCACAAAACCCACCAGCCUUCCUAUUGUGCAAAGUGGCCGUGGUCGAAUACCUAUAGUGGCCCAAAACUCGGAGGAGGAGAGUCCAUUGAGUCCUGUUGGGCAGCCUAUGGGUAUGGCUCGGGCGUCAGCAGGACCUCUGCCCCCCAUCUCAGCUGACUCAAGGGACCAGUUUGGUUCCUGCCUGUCCUUGCAGGACUCCCAACAACAGCAACACAUCAGGGAAGAGCCAACCAGGGGUAGGGGUUAUGUACUGCUGGAUGAUCUUCAGGGCACAAUGUCAGAUAGUGAAGCUUACCACCUUAGACGAGAAGAGACUGACUGGUUUGACAAACCAAGAGAUGGACGGCCAGAGAAUGGACAGGAGAGCAGACAGGGAAAAGGUCCAUAUUACCCAUUCCCGCACCUCAGGGUCAAACUGCGGAGGGAUCCCAAAGACCGCAGUGUCUCAGGAAAUGGUCUGGGUAUACGAGUGGUUGGAGGAAAAGAAGUCCCUGGUAGUAAUGGAGAUAUUGGAGCAUAUGUUGCCAAAGUUCUACCUGGAGGAGCAGCAGAACAGACAGGAAAGAUUCUUGAAGGAAUGCAAGUUUUGGAGUGGAACGGCAUUCUUCUGACAGGGAAAACCUAUGAAGAAGUACAGGGGCUUGUCGGACAGCUGUGUAAUGAGGCAGAAGUGUGUGUCAGACUUGAUCUGAACAUGCUGGCUGAGUCUGAUGGUUCACAGCACCUCGAUUUCCACGAGCACAGCAAAGGGGACAGACCUCCCAGGUCUCCAGGUGUUGAUCCCAAACAGCUGGCAGCAGAGCUACAGAAAGUCUCACAACAACAAGCUCCCACAUCCACCUCUUCCUCCAGUCUGGCCCCAGCCUCUGCAACCUCCAGUCCGGGUCAGCCAGGGUCCCCCUCCACUUCAGAGGGAAUGAAGACCUUGUCACACCCCAUCUCUGGAGAGAUACAGCUUCAAAUCCACUACGACAAGCAGCUUGGCAACUUGAUCGUUCAUGUCCUGCAGGCCAGGAACCUUGCUCCGCGUGACAAUAAUGGCUACUCUGACCCAUUUGUGAAAGUGUAUCUCCUACCAGGGAGAGGUGCUGAAAACAAGAGGAAGUCCAAACAUGCUGGCAGAAGUCUGAACCCAGAGUGGAACCAGACCGUCAUCUACAAGAACAUCCACUUGGAGCAGCUUCGAAAGAAGACUCUGGAGGUGAGCGUGUGGGACUACGACAAGUGCUCCUCCAACGAUUUCCUCGGAGAGGUUCUCAUUGAUCUGUCUAACACCGCUCAGCUGGACAACAUUCCACGAUGGCUCCCUCUUAAGGAGCAGAGCGAGGGGGACCACCACAGACGCUCGCACUCAGGCCAGGGCCGACACGGCUCCUCUAAACCCUCCUCACAGCACUCAUCCCCUAAAACCACUGCCUCCGCACAUGAUAAUCAGGAUUCCCCCAAAUCAUCUGUCAUCAAGAGCAGAAGCCAUGGAAUUUUCCCAGAUCCAGCCAAGGACACGCAGGUGCCCACUAUCGAGAAAUCUCACAGUAGUCCUGGCACAUCGAAGCCUUCCCCAUCCGAGGGCCAGAGCCAAAGCCACAGCCACGGACACAGCCAACACUCUCGCUCUCAUGGCACGCCACGCUCCAGCAAAAGUGCCUCACGGCAACAGCAUAAGGAGGGUGGCAUUGGAAGCAGCGGGGGCACUGCCAUAGCAACAGGCGAAGCCCAACAGCAGUCACAGCAGCAGCCACCACAGCGCCUCCAACCAAGCCAAAGAGGCCGUCUCUCGCUGAGGCACCAGAGGCACAGCGUAGUGGGCGUGCUGACCAUUCAGAGAGCCCAGUCCGACUGGCUCCCCGCCCUCCCAUCGAUUGUGUCGGCCAAAGGCGGCAGAGCAGACGGCAGACACCUGACCCUCAGGAAAGCGCUGUCAGAGGAGAGGCCGCAGAUCGCCGGAGCUCGGUCAAGCUACAGAUCGGGUGAGGCCCCAGUCACAGCUGCAUCGCUGGACAGUGGACUUAGUGGCAGUGCCUACAGCCUAUUGGAUGAAGAUGGAGAGACAAAUGAGGUGGACAGUGCAAUCUUCCAUGUGCCCCGAUUUGGAAAGAUCCCAAAUGGCACCGACGUGAUGAAAUCAUCAAUGGGGCACAGUGACACUGAAGGUAAGACUCAGGUAAUGGGGGAGAUCAAGAUUGCUCUGAAAAAAGAGAUGAAGACAGAGGGUGAGCACCUGGUCCUGGAGAUUCUACAGUGCCGUAACAUCACCUACAAGUUCAAGACUCCAGACCACCUGCCUGAUCUUUAUGUGAAGCUCUAUGUGGUAAAUAUUGCCACCCAGAAAAGGAUCAUCAAGAAGAAGACCAGAGUCUGCCGUCAUGACCGUGAACCAUCCUUCAAUGAAACUUUCCGCUUUUGUAUGAACCCAACCGGACACUCGCUGCAGCUGUUCCUUGUGUCAAAUGGGGGAAAAUUUAUGAAGAAGACCCUUAUCGGGGAGGCCUAUGUGUGGCUGGACAAAAUCGACCUACGCAAGCGAGUGGUGAGCUGGCACAAGCUGCUCGCCAGCACUGCCCAGAUCCACUCCUAGGAGGCUGCUACGUCUGAAAAAUAGAUUUUGGAAGGCAAGAAUUGUCAUACGAGAGGGGUGGGGACUCGAUAUCUGUAAGACUGACAUCGUGGUCCAGGUGUCCUGGGAAAGGGUGGUGUCUUCAGCCUUUGUUUCAGCUCUGGGAUAGCUUGAGUUUUGGACGCUGCUCUCAGUAGGAUCAUUUGAAGAAGACAUGUUUACAGAAAACGAUCACGCGUUUACAGGACAUUAAGCAUACGGCAGAGUAGUUUGGAAAAAGGAGAGCACGGGAGCUGAGUUCAGAGGUCAAGCUCAGAAUAAACCAGGUAUUACAAACUUUGAUUUACAAACAUACACAUGAACAUAGUUACUUUGCACACUGUCAUUUACAUAAAGGAGGGAUUUUAAUGCUAAGAGACACAGGGACCCACUAGUAGAGUAUGAUUUAUUUAUUUAGAUGUUUUACCAGUAAAGAUUAUCUAAAUGUGCCCUUAUCAUUGCUUUAUUAUAAUCUGCAGAAUUUUAUUGAUUUUCAAAGCAUUGAGAAUUGAGAAAUUAAUGACUCUGCCACAGAGACCUCUUAUUUAUUUUUGUAAUAUUAUGUUAUUGUAGAGCUCUAUGAUUUGUCUUCUGCUCAAUUAUUUAAUGAUUUUAAAAAUCUAUCCUUGGAGGGAAGCAUAUAUAUUCUAAGAGACUACCUAGCAUUUCAGCUCAAAAAAGAAAAAGAAACAAGCAUGUUUUUGGUCUUAUUAAGACUACUAAGACUACUUGUGCCCCAGUACUUUUUGCCUGAGAUUUAUCAAAUGAUCAUUAUUGUUUGAUAGAGGAUGACAUAUAUUAAAUUGGACACUUUAUGGUAUAUUGUGCACAUGAGUCAAUGUGGCAUGUAGCGCCAUAUGUUCUGCACAAAAGAAUAUGAUAAUACAGUAAAUAAAAAACCCUCUAAGAUUCACUUUGUAAAUAAUGAAAAUGAGAUAAACAUGGGUAUUAAAACAGAUGAAGAUAUCUUUACCAUAGACAAUCGAGUGUUGAUGAUUGUGAAAUAGAGUUUUAUUUAUCCUCGAUGCCCCUUAGAAUGUGAGAUGUGAACUGCCUGAGAUUUCAUGUGUUCCUUUGUGUCAGCCAGCACAUAACUAGUCUUACAACGGUCUUGCUUCGGUUCAUGAGGGCAGUCAACUCAAGUACAUGUUUUGUGGUAUUUUGCACUUUUUCUGCUUAGAAUGUAAAACUGACAUCCUGCUAAAUAUUCAAUUUCAUCAGCGUGAAACAUCGGGAUUAGGAAUUAAGCAACGGCAAUGUUAGAGAUGUUGCAGCGAACAAGACAAAUGUGCCAUGAACUAUCCAGAAAAAGCACUAUUGUCAUCCUGAAAUAAAACACUGAUGUUAUAGCAAUUGUCACAGAAAUGUCUUUGAAGUCGUGUCCAUUCAUGUUGUCUGGUGUGCUCAUUGGGGGUCAAGAGACAGUAUUACUGGUUCAUUUUCAUAUUCAGUCAAACUUAGCAGUGAAACUACACUUAAUAUUUGAGUGAUUUCUAUGCAACAUCCACUGUAAAGGCAGAACAGCUGCAUCUUGACUUGCCCGAAAGGAAACAUAGAGAAAGGCUUCUUUUUCUUUUUCUUUUUUUUGCACUGCUGAGUCAUUUCAUGUUCAUCACAAAAUGGUUACUGCUUUAAAGUUAUUCUUUCUUUCUUUUUAAUUGCUUUGUCUUAACUUGUGAUUUUGUAUCACAAUACAAAUCUUUAUUUAUUACCUGUGAGAUGAUUUCAUAUGUUGUAUUAAAUGUGUUAACAGUACAUAUCAGGUGUACAGAAAAGCAUUUGAAAUUUUCUUUUUAUACACAAUGUAGUGCUUGUUUACAACAGUUUAGGGGGCCUGAAAGUCGGAGACCUAUCUUGCCCUUGAGCAUGAACACACAGUCACACAUAAAGAAUUAUACAGAGUUAGAAAUCUUGGUAAGAAAAAACAACAUUCCUUUAUUUUUGUGCACUUUCUAUUUGAGUUGUUCUUUUUCUGGUCUCUGUAAAAGAAUUUACAAAAAAGAAAAAGGCAUUGUAAUUAAUUGACAUUAUAUCUGAAACAGUGGUUUUAAAGUCUGUGUGCUCACCUUUAUUUUUCUUGAUUUUAUACCUGUGUGCUUGUGUGUGCAGCAUCUUCAUACCAAGUCCAUGCAUGUCAUUUGUCCUAAUGCACAUAUUUUCUUUUUAAGUGUCGUCUAAGAAUUCCAAUUGUAACACACAACGAAUUAUAUGUGUUAACACACACACAAAUGCCAUCUAUCUGUUUCCAGCUUUGUAAAUACAUAGUUUUUAUACUGGGGUUUGGGGAGCAAUAGGUCUUUUAGCAGUCAAAAAAAGGUACCAGGAACUUGUAUAACUGAUCACUGUACAUUGAAUUGAUGGUAAAAGGAAAUCUUGUCGGUCUAUAGGGGGCCCAAACUUCCCCAACCCUUCACAAGGAACACUAAAAGUUUACCAGAAUUGAACACAGAGGUCUUAUCUAAACAACUCAAGUAGUUGCAGGAGAAUUUAAAUGUGAUCACAUUGGAUGUUGCAUGUUUUGUUGGUGGUUCAUACUAUUUUUGUGUCCAGAUAUUAUUACAGAAAAUAUCAAGAAAGAGCUAGUGAAAGAUUUAGAGCAAAAUGUCUUAGAGGGGGUGAUUGUGAAGAAAACCUAUAACUAUUGAUGAUAUAUGCUGACUGUACAAAGAUUAUGCUUGUAAAACCUGUCUGGUUUUUCACUUGUAAGUAAAAAGAAAAAAAUGUACUGUCAUGGUUUUGUGAUUGUACACAGGAGGUAUUGAUAAAUUAUGCAAAAUGUGCUGUAAAAAUGGCUGUUGCCCUAUGUCUAAAUAUUAAAUAUCAGUAAAAAUC